AGGUUACAACAGAGUUCUCGUUCUCUCUCUGUUUCCUUCGCACUCGCAGUGCAGUGUGAUGAACAAGAACAACUCAUCAUCAUCAUCAGCGAGAGAUACAGUACGCACUGCUGAUUGAGUUUUUCUCUUCACAAUCUCUCUCUCUCUCUCUCUCUCAGUUGUCUCAAUCGCAUAAUCUAAGAUACCCACUUCGAAUUUAAGCCAAACCUUGGAUAUUAUCUGAUUUUCUCUUGAAGGGCAUCCUGAUUUUCCCCUCUGGAGCUAUUAAAUAAUUUUUAUAAUGGCGGAUCUCAAAGAGCGGCUACUUCCGCCAAAACCUGCAUCAGCUUUUAACCUUAGAGAGGUUUCCAACCGGCCAUCUGCCUCUGGAAGGCAAACCUUUCAAGGAGUGGAUGUUCUGGGGGUAAAGAAGCGAGGCCAAGGUAUCCGGUCAUGGAUUCGUGUUGACACAGCUGGAAAUUCUCAGGCGAUUGAAGUAGACAAGUUUACUAUGAUGAGACGUUGUGACCUACCUGCACGUGAUCUUCGCCUACUCGAUCCUUUGUUUGUCUACCCAUCAACAAUCCUUGGUAGGGAAAAAGCCAUUGUUGUGAAUCUAGAGCAGAUACGGUGUAUUAUUACAGCAGAUGAGGUUCUUCUCUUGAAUUCCCUUGAUAGUUAUGUAUUGCAUUAUGUGAUGGAGCUACAGCGGCGGUUGACGACAACUGGGGCGGGUGAGGUCUGGCAAUCAGACGAUUCUGACAUGAACAGAAGGAGAGGAGGUAGUAGGAAUUUUGAAAAUGCAUUUAGCAACAGUUCCCCUGAUUAUUUACCUUUUGAGUUCAGGGCUCUUGAAGUUGCCCUGGAGGCUGCAUGCACAUUUCUUGAUUCCCAGGCAGCAGAGUUAGAAAUUGAGGCUUAUCCAUUGCUAGAUGAACUGACAUCAAAGAUCAGUACUCUAAAUUUGGAGCGUGUUCGUCGGUUGAAAAGCAGACUUGUUGCCCUGACUAGGAGGGUUCAGAAGGUCAGAGACGAAAUAGAGCAGCUUAUGGAUGAUGAUGGUGAUAUGGCUGAAAUGUAUCUUACUGAGAAGAAAAGACGGGCGGAGUUGUCAUUCUAUGGAGAUCAGUCUAUGGUUGGAUAUAAAUCAGUUGACGGUGCAUCCGUUUCUGCUCCAGUCUCUCCUGUUUCAUCACCUCCUGAUUCUCGGAGGCUUGAAAAGUGCCUGAGCAUUGCGAGGAGUCGACAUGAGAGCAUGAGGAGUAGUGAAAGUGCUACAGAAAAUAUAGAAGAGCUUGAGAUGUUAUUAGAAGCAUACUUUGUUGUCAUUGACAGCACUCUAAACAAGUUGACAUCGCUGAAAGAAUACAUUGAUGACACGGAAGAUUUCAUCAACAUUCAACUGGAUAAUGUUCGUAAUCAGCUUAUCCAGUUUGAGCUUUUACUCACAACUGCAACAUUUGUGGUAGCCAUCUUUGGUGUGGUAGCAGGAAUAUUUGGGAUGAAUUUUGAAAUUCCAUUAUUUGAUGUCCCUUCUGCAUUCCAGUGGGUCCUCAUAAUAACAGGAGUUUGUGGAGUCUUCAUAUUUUCUGCAUUUGUGUGGUUCUUCAAGUACAGAAGACUCAUGCCCCUAUAGGAUGCUACACCACCAUGAAGAAAAUUAAUCAACUGUUAGCAUGUUUGGUUUGCGGUGGAAGGACUCAUAUUCACUUAUGCAGAGAAGCUAUAAAAUUGUAGUUUCUCGAGUUACCGUGCUUCGAUUGUGUGUAACAACAAAUUCAAACAUGCUAUGCGUGGUUUGUGCUGAUGUUUAGCGUUUAGUAUGCAAACAUAAAAUCUCAAGAAAUGUCAGCUCAUAACAUGAGCAAUUCUUUCAAUUCAAUUUUGUACCAAUUUUAGUUUUAGGCCAUUUCUCAAGACAUUCCCAUUCAGCAAUGUCUGUAAAUUGACAUAAUUAGUUGUUGAAUACUUGAGUUAACAAAACAUGUAGUUUCUUUUCA